GUGCAGUUUAGAGUAGGCGUGCGUCAGUGUUGACGACCGCACUCCAGCGGACCAAGCAAGCCAGCUAUCAUUGUAUUCUCUAGAAAUACAAUAUAAACCGCGUCCUGUAAUUCUAUGUCGACCAUAAAGGCCUUCGUGCAAAGAUGAAAACGUUAUCAAGAAGCGUUGACAUUACUGGUUUCUUUUUCACCGUCAAAUAUUGCCAAGUGUGACACUGACAGCAGCAUUGCCUGGCUAGCGCAUUAGCAACAUCUUCAGGAAUUCGCUAGCCUAGCUAAAUUAAUUGGCCGUAGCUACUCGUAGUUGUGCAAAGGCUCUGCAACAGCCAUGGGAAUACUUUUCACCAAGCUAUGGAGGCUUUUCAAUCAUCAAGAGCACAAGGUUAUUAUUGUGGGCCUGGACAAUGCAGGGAAGACCACCAUACUUUACCAGUUUUCUAUGAAUGAGGUGGUCCACACGUCUCCUACGAUAGGCAGCAACGUGGAGGAGAUAGUGGUGAACAACACGCACUUCCUGAUGUGGGACAUCGGAGGACAGGAGUCACUGAGAUCCUCCUGGAACACGUACUACACUAACACAGAGUUUGUGAUAGUAGUGGUGGACAGCACAGACAGAGAGAGAAUCUCUGUCUCCAAAGAGGAGCUCUACAGAAUGCUUGCACAUGAAGACCUGAAGAAGGCGGGCCUGCUGAUUUUUGCUAACAAACAGGAUGUGAAAGGCUGUAUGUCUGUGGCUGAGAUCUCCCAGAGCCUGCAGCUCACCUCAGUCAAAGACCACCAGUGGCAUAUCCAAGCCUGCUGCGCCCUCACUGGGGAGGGUUUGUGCCAGGGCCUGGAGUGGAUGAUGUCACGACUGCGGGUUAGAUGACCUUUGACGCUGAUCAACAACAACAGUGUGCUGUUCCUUUCUUCUCUCUACACCUUCAGUCCUGAGGGAUUGGGUGGUUGACAGGCGGCUCUUUUCCUCUCCAUGAGACUGACUUGACCCGGUUGGCCAGACUCCCUACCGGCCAAGAUGUUGUUUUUCUGCUGCGUGUUUAUUUAUUUCUACAGAACACUGAUCUGCUCUGACUGAGAACUGUGAACAACCAGAACUGUACCACUCUACCAUUUCAGGAUCCAUUCUGGAAAGAAAAACUAAACAAAAGACUCA